UUUAAAGGUUGAACAACUUUAUAGAGAUGAGUGCAGAUUAUCUGCAUACAAUCAACUUGACAAUUUUUGUGAUUGUAUCUCUAUGAACCUACGUGAUAUUAGCACCAACAGUAAAUUGUCUGAUGACGUGCAAGAGGCAUUGUCCAGUAUGAUAUUUGCAGCAUCGAGAUGUGGCGAACUGCCAGAGUUGCAUUCACUAAGGAAUUUAUUUAAACAACAUUUUGGUCAAGCAUUUGAUCGACUCAACGUUGAACUGUUACCAGGUAAUAUGGUUAACUCAGAGACCAAGCAGUACCUCACACAUGUCACAAAGCUAAAAGAAGACGUAAAGCUCCAAAUCAUUGAUGAAAUUUUCAGUAGCUUUAAGAGUUCUAGUAGGACUAAGGACAACAACUGGGUUGAAAGCUUAAAUUGUGAGAUUUAUACUUCAAAAAGAACCAGAAGGAAUAAAACCGUCAACAACAACAACUGUAAUGUAAUUUCACAGGUGAAAUCUGCGGGAAAAAAUGAAGAACAAUUGCCUCGAGUACAACCACAAUCGCUUCAUGUCCAUCCGAAGCUUCCGGACUAUGAUAAUUUAGUUGUCAAAUUCAAAGAUCUCAAAGGAGAAAAUAUGUAUAAGACUAGUACAAAAUAUUUAUCCUUUUCUAAAUUGAUGAGGUGGUAGAAUUAUUUCGAUUACACUAUGUAAAU